AUGGUGGUGACCAAGGACCCGGCGAUCUAUAAGGCGGCGCUUGGGCUCAGCCAUCAAAAAUACUUCGACAGGGCGCCGUCCAUCACCGCGGUCAUGACGUACUUUCUACCUCGGUCCCUGGGCGCUGUCACUUCGCACGACUGGUCGCGCAUCCGCCGGACGCUGCAGCGCGGCAUGGCGAUGCAGAGCUUUGACAACUUCCCAUCGCUCGUCGCCUCGUGCAUCCAAAAGCUUGACCGUGCGACGCUCUCGAAACAACCGGCUUCGGACAACAAGGAUGUCCUUACGGUCGUGCCCGAAGACUUUUUUCCGAGCCUCACGUUCGACGUCUUCCACCGCCUCAUGUAUCAAUGGGAUCCCAACACGGUAGCCGGCGACUCGAUGGACUUGCUGCGCGCUGCGCUCCACCUGAGCGAGAUGUUUGCCGAGCGGGUGAUGCUGCCAUUCCCGCUCUUGUGGAAGCUGCCGUUGCCGCGCAACUAUGAAGCCGACGCUGCACUCCACGAUCUGCACGCCAAGGUUGUCGAGCUCGUCAACGCGCGGCGUCAGUACCUCGCGUCCCUUGACGAGCUACCGCAUCCGACGUUGCUCGACUACCUCCUCGGUGCCCUCGAGGACGAGACACUUUCAAACGACGAAGUUUACGACAACGUCACGGGCUUCUUCAUUGCGGCAUUUGACACGACAUCGAACGCACUCUCGCUUCUCUUCAACAACCUCGCGCUGAAUCCGGAUGUCCAGGCCAAGCUGCGCGCAGCGCUUGCCACGUCAUUUCCGGGCGGGCCGGAUGCAAUCGCGCGCGCGACGUCCAAAGAUCUGGAUGGCUGCGACUACUUGACGAUGACGCUGGACGAAAGCAUGCGACUCACACCACCCAUCCACAGCGCCGUGCGCAAGUGCGUUCAGGCGUGCGAGAUCCACGGCGUCCGCUUCGAAGUCGGCGACGAGCUCUUCAUGCACAGCCACGGCGCCGCUAUGGACCCCGACAACUACGCCGGUAUGGACGACCUCGAGUGCUUCCGGCCCGAACGCUUCCAAGAUACUACGUUCGACAAGCCGGUCUCACUGGUCUUUGGCUAUGGGCAGCGCAUGUGUCUGGGUCGCCACCUGGCCAUCGCCGAGAUGAAAGCCAUUUGCGCCUACGUCGUUUCGUCGUACGGGCUCUCGCGCCCAGCAGACGGCCCGCCGCUCAAAUUGGACUCGACGCUCACGAUCGGCACCAAAGUCGGGUACGGCACCAUGCACUGGCGCCGUCUCUAG